AAUCCAACAACCCCCCUCCUCUCAAAUCAAACCACACACAAUCCUCUCCCCUCCUCUUCUUCCCUCAUACCACUAUCUCUACUACCACCCCGUGAACAUCAUUCUCUCUUCCAUUCAACCAACUAAACACCAACUAAACUACUGCUACUACUACGCCACCACCACACACACAACAAUCCCACCCACCACCAACCAUCCCUUCAAACUCUACACACAAAAAGCAACAAAAUAUCUUCCGAAACACACAACAACAACUCUAAUAAAACAACAAUCUUUGUUCCUACCUGUCGACUGUCGAUUGCCGAACUCUGAACUGUGACACCCGAGACAAACCCUCUCACAGAUAAUCAGACAACAACCCUCUCACUACAAAAACCCCAAUCGACAAACAGUAGUCGACUCUACUCACCACCACUGUGACACUUCUUCACAAACACACCCACAACGCCCUUCUGAGACCUCGCAAUUACGCUUAAGUCGCAAGAUCGGCACAACCAGCUCACUCACCCCUCACCUCCCUCUUCCCCCAUCAACCCUUCCAAAAAAAAACAAAAAAAAACAAGAGAGCAAUCCUCAAGGCGCCACCUGAGGAUCUGUGCUUUUCCGAGACAUUUCAUACGAACCGGGCCCCAUUGAAUCACCACCCACCGGGCCUUAUUUAAAGGGAAAUCACCUCGCUCUUUAACCACCACAACCACCACUACUACUCCACAACACACACACACACUCUCUCCCCAAGACCUAGCGACAAAAUGCCAGGCCACACCUUCCCCGGCCGCCACGGCUCGAACCCCUUCAGCGACGCCCCCUCUGCCCCCCAGAGCGGCACCGAGACCCUCCCCACACGCCCCAUCAACCAAGUAGUCGAAGAAGAAGAAGAAGGAGACGCCGUCGCCAGCCCCACCACCGGCACCUUCCCCUCCACCACCAAGACGACCGGCACCACCACCGACCCCUUCGGCACGGAUGGCACGUCCGACAGCAGCGGCCCGCCUUCCUCCUUCAAACCCUCAUCCGACGGCUUCCCCUCCAACUACGGGAUGGGGAGACGCACGUCGGUGUCGGCGGAGUCGAUGAACCCGACGGACUCGGCGAGCGAUAAGUGGACGCCGCCGUUUUAUAAGAAGACGGAUGAGCAGCUGGCGAGGCUGAGGGCGGCGAUUGGGGCGCAUACGCUGUUUAGGGCGUUGGAUGAUGAGCAGAGUCGCAUGAUUAUUGGGGCGUUGGUGGAGAAGCCGAUUCCAGCUAAGAAUAUUAAGGUAAUCUCCCAAGGCGACCAAGGCGACUACUUCUACAUCGUCGAAUCCGGCUCCUUCGACAUCUACAUCCACCCCAGCGGGUCCCUCCAACCCGGCCCCUCCGGCCUCGGCACCAAAGUCGCAACCAUAACCGUCGGCGGCACCUUCGGCGAGCUGGCCUUGAUGUACGGCGCCCCGCGCAACGCGACCGUCAUCUCCGCCACUAACGACUGCGUUCUCUGGGCGCUUGAUCGGGUCACGUUCAGGAGGAUUCUGAUGGAUUAUACGUUUACGAGACGGAGGAUGUAUGAGAAGUUCCUCGCUGAAGUGCCGUUGUUGUCGUCUUUGAAUGAUUAUGAGAGGUCUAAAAUCGCGGAUGCGCUGGAGAGUUGUAAGUAUGCGGCUGGGUCUACGAUUAUCAAAGAGGGGGAUGCGGGGGAGGCGUUCUACCUUUUGGAGGAUGGAGAGGCGAGCGCGUAUAAGAAGGAUCUGGAUGAACCAGUCAAGAAUUACCGCAAGGGCGACUACUUUGGCGAACUUGCACUCCUCAAUAAGGCCCCGAGAGCGGCGAGUGUGGUGUGUGAUACGGAUGUCAAGGUCGCGACGUUGGGGAAGGAUGGGUUUCAGCGGCUCCUGGGGCCCGUGGAGGGGAUUAUGAGGAGGGAGCGGUAUGUGGGUGUUGAGUCUGUGGAUCCGUUGACUAGGGAGUAGGGGGGGUGGUGAGGUGAGGUAGUGUGUUUUUGUUUUGUGUUUUUUUGUUUUCAUGUGUUGAGGCAACGU